CUUAGUCUGGUGUCGAGUGUGGAGCGAAGACUGCAGGCCACAAAGAUCGCAUAUCAGCUGCAGAUAAUUUUCUCCCUCGCUUUUUCUUCAUAAUCAACAACAACAAAAAUGAGCGAUUUUAACGUGCAAGAAGAGUCCUCGACACUCUUGCACAAUAUCCCUGUGCAGUGCUUCAUGAAUGAAUACGAUUCACAGGAAGACGCAGCUGCGAACUCAACACUGUAUUCUACCAAUUCUGAUUACAAAAGGGAGAUGAAACCGUCUCUUCAUCCCAGGAUCGGAGAAAACGCAGCACCAAAUUUAACCCGUCGGCCGAAAACCAACGUGAUGCCGAGGGUGCCCUGCAAACUGUGUCCUUAUUUUUACCGGUCGCCAGCGAGUCACUUCAACUCGGUGCGCCGAUCUUGCCGAAACUGCAAACGGCGAUUCGAGUGCAAGGGCCUGUGCCACCAGCACGAGCUCAUCUGCUGCGACUUCCUCAAGUGCAAAAGUUGCGGCAAGCAUUUGUGCAGCAGCAACUCGCGCUUGGUCCACACCAAGAAGCGCACGUGCGUCCACUGCUCGCAGGUGAUCGAAUGCUGCGUCCAGUUCAAGCACCACGUGUGUCCCGAGCAGGUCCAGUCGUCGAAAAGCGAAGAACCGGAGCAGCCGGAGCCUCCGAGAAUCGAGCCUGGUCCGGACGAGAUGGAUCUGCAGUGUCGAUUCUGCUUGUUCUUGUGCAAAGACCGGGACGUUUACGAGUGCCACACUCGGCAGACCGACUGUCCCAGGUGCGGCUUCGCUCAACCCUGCAACGCCCUGUUGGCCCAACACCUCAACAUGUGCCACUGCCGGAAAGAUAAGAAGCCGGAAAAAAAUGUGAAUAAAAGUUUGAGUGAAAUCGUCAAAAAUGAGCCGGUGGAAAUAAUCACUAUUGACGAUGAAUGAAUGAAACCGCCGAGAGUAUAAAUUUGAAAAUUGUCAGAAAUUUAAACAAAUCAUGAUAUUAUAAUAUAAAAUAAAAUAUUAUUAUAUAUUGCUUAAAAUUAUUUUAUUAAAAAUUAAAUUUAAAAAAAAUUAAAAAUGUUUAGCUUUUUUAAGAAUUAAAUCACAAAUUGUCUUUUGUAAAUAUUUUAUUAGAGAAGAGAAUUUAAAUUUAUGUUAAGUUGUUAAUUACAUAUAUUUCAAAUUUUUAGAUCGAAAGAAAAACAAUUUUUGGGAGUAAGGAAUUGAAAUUUGAAUUUUUUGGACAAAAAUUGAAGAAAAUUAAAUAUAUAAAUAUGGCGUAUGUAU